AUUUUCAGAUUUCUCUGAGAAAAAGAAAAAAAAUGGCGUCUGGUUUGAUCGGAAGACUGGUAGGAACGAAGCCGUCGAGAUUAACCACGGCGGCGAGGUUAAUGCCGGCGAGAUGGACCUCUACAGGAGCGGAGGCGGAAACAAAAGCUUCGUCUGGCGGCGGCGGCGCCGGAAAAGAUUCGAAAUUGAAGACGUUUCAGAUCUAUCGAUGGAACCCAGAUAACCCUGGGAAGCCAGAGCUUCAAGAUUACCAGAUCGAUCUCAAGGAUUGUGGUCCGAUGGUUUUAGAUGCUUUGAUUAAGAUCAAAAACGAGAUGGAUCCAUCUCUAACGUUCCGUAGAUCGUGCCGUGAAGGGAUCUGUGGUUCAUGUGCUAUGAACAUUGAUGGGUGCAAUGGGCUUGCUUGUUUGACGAAGAUUCAAGAUGGAGCAUCGGAGACGACGAUUACACCGUUGCCUCAUAUGUUUGUGAUUAAGGAUUUGGUUGUGGAUAUGACCAAUUUUUAUAAUCAGUAUAAGAGUAUUGAGCCGUGGUUGAAGAGGAAGACUCCUCCGUCUGUUCCUGGGAAGGAGAUUUUGCAGAGUAAGAAGGAUAGAGCUAAGCUUGAUGGGAUGUAUGAGUGUAUUCUCUGUGCUUGUUGCAGCACAUCUUGUCCAAGUUACUGGUGGAACCCUGAGUCUUACCUUGGUCCAGCUGCUUUGCUACAUGCUAAUAGGUGGAUAAGUGAUAGUCGUGAUGAGUACACAAAGGAGAGACUUGAAGCUAUUGAUGAUGAGUUCAAGCUUUACCGUUGCCAUACAAUCUUGAACUGCGCCCGUGCUUGUCCAAAGGGUUUGAACCCAGGCAAACAGAUCACACACAUCAAGCAACUUCAGCGUUGAAUCAGCUAAGUUUGUGUACGGUACACAGUUGGGAAACUCAUCACACCUUAACGUUUGAAGCUAAUAACCUUCACAAAACCUUUGGAUUUUCAAUUCAUUAUUGUAUUGUUGUUGCCAAAUAUUAGAUCUUGAAAUGAACUCUUUUGCAAGUCUUCCCAAGUAGAUGAGCUUUGUGGUUGUAAUCUUGCUGAAAAAUCUCCUCUUUUAAGUAAUAAAACUCAAGGAAACUUAAACCUCAUCUACUUAUCAUCUACUCUUUUGUGUCCCAUGUGCAUUGGCUUUGUAUAAAAACAUUUCAUGUA